GCCUUUGCAACGGCCACCAGAAUUAAAAGUGUGCAAUAACAAACAAAGUUGACCAUUGCUCUUCGAAUGUUAUUAAUUUACCAUGCUCAUAACAUUUAUAAAAGCAUGCGUGCUCAUUAUUUGCGAUAAAUACGUUUAAACCCAAAUUGGAUUGCUUAAUUAAAUGUAACAAAUGUCCAUUGUAAUGAGCGGAAUUAAAUGAGCGGAAAAAGAAACAUUUGCAGACAGUCUGAUGGCUAGACAUUUGGCACAAAUUGGCAGCGAUUUCCUAUUUUCAUUUAAAUGACAUGUGGGUAACUACUAUAAAAGCAGUCGAAGUGCGUUGAUUUUGGUAUAAGCGCCGCAGCAAUGAAGUGCGCCAUUUUGUUGAGUGUUUUCAGCCUCAUUUGGUGGGCUGAUGGCAUCAAAAUUGAUUGCGAAAAUACGGAGGCCAUCAAUGAGGAGCACAUCCACUACUGCUGCAAGCAUCCCGAUGGACACAACGAUGUCAUCGAAGGAUGCGCCAAGGAGUCCAACUUCACGCUGGCCAACCAAAACGAGGAGGCACUGGUGGACAUCACGGCGGAUCGCGCCAUCCGUGGCACUUGUUUCGGCAAAUGCGUCUUCAGCAAGUUGAACCUGAUGAAGGACAAUGCCUUGGACAUGGAUGCCGUGCGAGCUUAUUUCACUGCUAAAUUCCCAGAUGAUCCGGAAUAUGUCAAGGAAAUGAUCAACGCCUUCGAUCACUGUCACGGCAAAAGUGAGGAGAAUACCUCCAUGUUCCUGUCGAAGCCCAUCUUCAAGCAAAUGUCGCAGCAUUUCUGCGAUCCCAAGUCCAGUGUCGUCCUGGCCUGCGUCAUCCGCCAGUUCUUCCACAAUUGUCCGGCGGAUCGCUGGUCCAAGACCAAGGAGUGCGAGGACACGCUGGCCUUCAGCAGGAAGUGCCAGGACUCGCUGGCUACAUUGUAAAUAAUGAUAAUAGCACUUUUCUCCAAUAAAGAACAUUAAAUUCACAA